AUGGUCGAAAGGCUGACGCCCAUUUUGAAGAAGAAGGACACGAAGAUGCGGCUUGCACAAGAGGUGGGACUCAAGUUGGCAGUCACUAUCCGCCACCUGGCAAGUGGGAAUGACUAUACAAGUCUCCAAUACAGCUUCAGAGUCUCCAAGAGUUCCAUAUGCCAGUUUAUCCCAUUAGUCUGCCAAGCCAUUAUCGAUACAUACAAACCAGAAGUGAUGAAGUGCCCCAAGACACCAGAAGAAUGGAAUGAUGUAGCAAAACGAUUCACCUCAAAGUGGAGCUACUUCAAUUGUGUGGGAGCCCUGGAUGGGAAGCACGUCGCGAUCAAGAAACCCAAAGGUGGAGGAUCACUGUACUUCAAUUACAAGAAGUUCCACAGCAUCGUCCUCAUGGCCCUCUAUGAUGCAAAAUACAGGUUCCUGUUCGUCGAUGUCAGUGCAGAAGGAGGUGCUGGGGAUUGA